AUGGCUUCCCCCCGACUCUUACGACCAGCAGCUCGCCUGCUUUCUUCGCGCCUAUCUGCGACGCCCGCCCGUCCUGCAUUCCCUCAGACGGCCUGCACACCCUCAAUCCUACGCUUCCGCGGUUAUGCCACAGAGAAUGGAACCAAGGAUGUCACCGUACGUGAUGCCUUGAACGAGGCUCUCGCAGAGGAACUGGAGCGCAACCAAAAGACAUUCAUCUUGGGUGAGGAGGUUGCACAAUAUAACGGAGCUUACAAAGUUACCAGAGGCCUUCUGGACCGCUUCGGCCCCAAGCGGGUUAUCGAUACACCCAUUACGGAGGCAGGCUUUUGCGGUCUUGCAGUCGGAGCUGCUCUAGCUGGAUUGCACCCAAUUUGUGAAUUCAUGACCUUCAACUUCGCGAUGCAGGCUAUUGAUCAGAUUAUCAACUCCGCCGCUAAAACACACUACAUGUCCGGUGGUAUUCAGCCUUGCAACAUUACCUUCCGUGGUCCUAACGGCUUUGCCGCCGGUGUUGCUGCGCAGCACUCUCAGGACUACUCUGCUUGGUAUGGCAGCAUCCCUGGGUUGAAGGUUGUGGCUCCUUGGAGCGCUGAGGAUGCCAAGGGAUUAUUGAAGGCCGCUAUCCGCGACCCCAACCCUGUCUGUGUCCUGGAAAAUGAGCUUCUCUACGGCCAGUCCUUCCCCAUGUCUGAAGCUGCCCAGAAGGACGACUUUGUCCUUCCAAUUGGUAAGGCUAAGAUCGAGCGUCCGGGCAAGGACUUGACUAUCGUUUCCCUCUCGCGCUGUGUUGGACAGUCUCUCUCUGCUGCUGCUGAGCUGAAGCAGAAGUACGGCGUUGAAGCUGAGGUGGUCAACCUUCGUUCCGUCAAGCCUCUGGAUGUUGAGACGAUCAUCCAGUCUCUCAAGAAGACUGGUCGCCUAAUGUGCGUGGAAUCCGGGUUCCCCAUGUUCGGUGUUAGCUCCGAAAUUCUUGCUUUGUCCAUGGAGUAUGGUUUCGACUACCUGACAGCCCCUGCCCUCCGUGUCACUGGCGCUGAGGUGCCCACUCCUUACGCCGUCGGAUUGGAGACUAUGAGCUUCCCUCAGGAAAAUACCAUCGUUGGCCAGGCUGCCAAGCUCCUGCGACUGUAA